GAGAGGCUUCGGCAUAGUCGAGGCAGCGGCCGGAGCAGGAGCAGCAAUUCGGGAGCGGGAGGGCGCAGGAAGCUGAGGGGGGUCAGGAAGCUGAGCUGAGGAAAGAGACGGAGGAGAAGGAGGAGGGGGGGAAACCCGCGGGCAGGAAGAGCCGGCUCGGGAAGGGAGGGGCCGCAGAGGCGAAGAGCGAGAAGGGGGAGGCCUCCGCGCAGGCGCAGAGCCGAGUUCGGACCCCCCCACCUCCUGAAGCGCCCCCUUCCCCCCCAGCGCAAAGGGGUCCUGACAGGACAAGAGAGGCAGCUCGAGACUCCGCCCGGGAGGGGCCGCCGGCCGGGGGGGCACCAUGUCCUCCCCCAGCCCAGGCAAGAGGCGGAUGGACACCGACGUGGUCAAGCUUAUUGAAAGUAAACAUGAAGUCACAAUCCUAGGAGGACUCAAUGAAUUUGUAGUGAAGUUCUAUGGACCACAAGGAACACCGUAUGAAGGUGGUGUGUGGAAAGUUAGAGUGGACCUUCCUGACAAAUAUCCCUUCAAAUCCCCAUCUAUAGGAUUCAUGAAUAAAAUUUUCCAUCCCAACAUUGACGAAGCGUAAGCCUGUUCAGGUAUUACGUGUCUCAUGCCAACCUUUUUUGUAUGGAUGCUUUCAGAUCUUACCAAUAUAUUUGAGUCGUUCCUGCCCCAAUUGCUGGCCUAUCCCAACCCCAUAGAUCCCCUUAAUGGCGACGCAGCGGCCAUGUAUCUUCACCGACCAGAAGAAUACAAACAGAAAAUUAAAGAAUACAUUCAGAAAUAUGCAACAGAGGAAGCGCUAAAAGAGCAGGAAGAGGGAACUGGGGACAGCUCUUCGGAGAGCUCCAUGUCUGACUUUUCAGAGGAUGAGGCCCAGGAUAUGGAGUUGUAGUAAAAGAAACAGCCUGCUUUUCAGAGAGACUGACUUCCUAACCACGUGCUGAGAAGCAGACUAUAAUAUUCAUAUUUAAACAAAGCAAUUUUUUAUUACUAAACAAGGUUUUUAUGAAUAAUAGCAUUGAGAUAUAUAUACAUAUAUAUAUAUCACCCUUUAGAUCUUGAUUUCUUGGUCAUUUCUCAGAACCCAAAGUGCAUCGCAGUGCAUUUCCCACAUUCCACUUGGUAGCAAUAUGCAGUCCAGAUGCAUGCGAGCAUCCGUUCAUGAUUCCAUUUGAGCCAAGUCAACUUGUGGGCUACUGAACUGUCAACCUAAACAGCUGCUUUGCUAGGGAGAGGAUCUGGAUAUUUCUUUUUAUUCUUUUCCGUUUUUUUCCCUUUUUAAAUUAAUGGUUCCAAAGAUGGCGGGACUCCCUUGGAUGCAAAAAUGGAACAGCACUUACAGAAUGUAAAAGAGAAGUAUUGGGGGGUGCAUGCUAGAACGACGAGGCAGUGAAGUCAAAGGUGCUCUUUCAUUUCAACUUGGCUGCUUAUACGUUGAAUGAAGUUGCAUUUUUAAAAACAAACCACCACCAGAAUACAUGGAGCUCUUUAAAGUGUCUGCUUUUUACAAAGCAGCUUUCAUUUAAAGUACAUUUUUGUAUGGACUUCCUGCCUGACUCUAGAGACUGGCAAUUAGUCUAGUUUGCUUGGGGAACCAUUUUGAAAGCCUGCGUCUGGCCAGUUAAGCCACCUUACUGGUCUGGAUUCUUAGUCUCUCUCUUUCUAUUCUUAAAGGACAGAAAGCAAGCAGUGUCCAACUUUGGCUUAACUUACCUGGAGUGCACAGCCUCUAUCCCAUUUUGAUCCCACUGUUAAAACCACCAGCAGUUGUAACUCCACUCCCUUGAUGUCUCUUCAAGCACUGUGCACAUGAUCUCCAGUAAGAGAGGGUCUUCUCACCAGGUGGAUUUGUCUAAGUGCUCCAAGCCCAUGGAUGGUUUCAUUGGCUCUUCGUGCCACUGAUCACGACUCCAUUGGUCAGGCAUGGGCAUGCUGGCGUCUUCAGCUGUUCAGCAGCAGCCCUGCUGUGAGCAGGCCAGACAAUCUAGGAAAACACAGUAUGAUGGACUGGGAGGAGGUCUGUUUGUUUUGGGUUUUUUUGUUUUGUUUUGAAGAAGGGAAAUUGAUAAUAAGAGUGCUGGUUUCAGAUAUGCUUCUAAUUAGAUUUUUUAAAAUUUCUCGUGCAUUUUUGAACACACAAAGAAGGUUCCUCCUUCCCCACCCCACCCCUGUUUAAUGGCAAGAGAAACGUCAUACCAUAAAUGCCUACCUGGGAUGUCGAUGAUACUUGAAUGUGGAUAAUAUCAAGAAACGCCCAGACAAGAUGGCUUUCCAAUCUGGACAUUGCUUCUGCUGUAUUUGUAAAGGGUUUGGGACAGGAUAAUUGCAGGGGUGUGUGUGUGUGUGUUAUAGAAUGUUGGUGCAAUGUUUAGGGCAGUACAUGGAAUUCAGACUUGGGUGAGUUGAUCAGAACACUGAAUGUCAAGCUAAGCUUGGUAAAUUGUAUUUCCCCCCAGUUUCCUCUUAAAUGCCAUUAAAUUUUGGAGUCUGUUGGGGGGUGGGGAGUGUCAAGAGAGAAUACAACCCUAAAGCAUAAUCAGUUUGCCUUUUUUUCCCUUUUGAAAAGAUGUAAAGUAGAAUUUAACUUUGGCAUGAUUAUUUUCCUUUAAUAAAGCAAAAGCAUACCAAGAAGUUGAAUUACGGGCAUGAAGCAAAAAAAGCAACCAAGAACUUUUUCUUUUUUAAAAAUUAAAAAAAGCAGUAAUGUGUUUAUAGUAGCUGAGCUGAAGUCCUCUCCUGUAGCAAGGAUAGCCUGUUGGGGAGAGGGUUUACUAUUACUAUGGAACAUGUAACUGUGUACUGUAAACUCCUAAUCUAGCAAUUUCCUUGACUCUGGAGGAUGGGGAGGGAGAGCUCUGCUAAGGCUGCAGUACUCCUUAGAUGCUCUGCUUGUGUGGUGUCCUCUUAGGUGCCGUUUAGGUCUAGAUUUGAGUGCUGAGGUGGCAGUGGCGAUGGUGGUACCAAUUUAAACAAAAUAAAUUGUAUUUUUUCAAUAUUGUAUAUAUAAAUAUUAGUGUUCUAAUUCCCUACUCUUUAUGCAGGUAAUUUUUUUUCUGUUUUUUUAAAAUCUCAGUCCUGAUGCAUAAUUGGAUUUUAUCAACCCUGACGUGCACCCAGCUCCUCUCUCAUAAGCAAGCACCCAUUCUUAUUUUAAACGUAACAACAUUCCUUGCUUUAAUUCAACAUGCAAAAGAAAUUUCAGAUGCAAACACGAUCCACAUUGUAUGGAAUCCAAAAAAAGACACCACUGACUCUGUUGUUCCCCCCUCCCCACUUCUCCCUGCCAUGCCCCUGGGCUGCGAAGGCCCAUUUUGGCGCCUCUGACCCAUUUGUAAAUUCACACCUCAGAUAAAGGAGCGUCAGGCCUUGAGAUAGUUAGAUGGUAGCAUCUCCAUCUCCGUACACAGAGCCUUAGUGACCCGCUCGGCAAAUGGUUGCAAAGAUCUGUUGUAUUAUCUUUCCAAGUGGUCUUGGCAGGCAGGGGAGGUUGGCAAAAAAUAUCCACAGUUUAAUGGGUUCCGCCUUGAGAAGAUAAUUUGUAAGGGCCGAUUUUAGAGGCACUUAACUAGACUGGGAGAACUUGCAGCCGACUGAUCUCUGAACAGUUCCCUCUGCCUCUUCUCACUUUUUUGUGCCUGCUGACAUCUCCUUUGCUUGGAUAGCAGCUGGGUUGGAAAAUGCAGUUGGGAUGGAAAAGCAGGAGCCCACCUUGACCUGCCAGCCCGCUUGUCAUUCUUCUGAAAAUGCCCGUGUUCCUUUUGAAGCCAUCUUCAGGUGACAGUGCAGUCUUCACAGGUGACUCCCAGUGCAGCCAUCCUGCAGCUGCAAAAGUGUGUGUGGUGUGUUGUGAGUUGCUGUGUUAUGUCCACACACUCUCCUAAAUGGGAUCUUAAAAGUUCUUGCGUCUGCUACAUCCGCCUGCGUUCCCUGUCACCCUAAUUUUUAUUGCCUUUUUGAGUGUAACGCCACCGACACAGGAAACCUUUCACAUUGGUUUUGGCAGUUGAUCUCUUUAUCAGAACACCUUCUAAAUUGCCACCGAGAUGUUCCCUGAAGCACACAGUUUUUAUUCCACUUUAUUCCUACUCUUCCAAGUUCUGUUAGCUCAUCCUGUCGUGACUUCUAAGUUGUUUGAUAAAAAGAUCAUGGGAACCUGAAGGCAGUUGAAGACAGAGCAAACAGCACUGUUUAGAGGAACAUGUGGUUGCUUCCAGGUGGCUCUGAAGAUAAUGGCUUGCAGGCAGGCAAGUGGCCUCUCUUUACGGCCUCUAGUUUAAGUUGGUAUUUAAAACCAAGAGCUCUAUGAUGGCUUCUGUAAUCUCUCUUGUGUACAUGGUUGGUUGAUGUUCUGUCUUUUGGGUGGAAGAGACAGAGAAACUCACAAGGAAGGUGGGUUUACAAUUGUGUAAGGGACGAGCAUGGUGUUCUUUUUAAUCUUUUGGGGCUACGCUCACUUUCUACAGCUAGAUUUGGAAUAGACCGCGAUGGAAGUAGUUAAAUGUGGGAGUGUCCAAAGACGACAACUCCUGUUGUCCCAUCUAUGUACCAUUCUAGGAGAUGGGAUUUGAGAGGGCUGGUUUUAUAUAAAUAUACAUAUAUAUAUAUAUAUAUAUAUUCUCUCUCUUGCUUCCUCUGGCUCGUAUGAAUUGUGCUGGCACUUAAAGCAGGCGUGUGUGCCGCAUGAGAAAUGGCCGUUUUUAUUUUACUGACUGUAUUUGGUACAUAUUGUGUGAAUACUUGAAGAGAUGAUGCAGGGCAUUCAGCCCUUCCAUUCUGAGUCCUUGCUUUUUCUUCGUUCUCCCCCCCCCCCCGGUUUCUUUUUCUGCCUCCUUCUCUCUUCCCCCUCCCUCCCCGCCCUGCCCCUUUGCAUUGUGAUGAUGUAGUGGGCAAAUGCCUCUUCUAAGAAUUAUAACCUCUCAAAAUAGUUGUGUAUAAUUAAAUAAACUGUAAACUUUUUUAAAAAAUAAAAUAUGUAUAUACCUUG